AUGGCAACUAUCGCGAACUCUGUAGCUCACCCUACCGUGGUUUCGGCUGAUCCUUUCGUUCCUGCAAGAGAGCAGAAGAACCUGCACAACCGCUGGCAUCCCGACAUUCCUGCUAUUGCCACAGUGAAGCCCGGACAGGUGUUUAACGUCGAAUGUGUUGACUGGACAGGAGCACAAAUUGGUAACAACGAUACGAGCGAUGAUAUCAGAGACAUAGACCUGACCAGCGUUCAUAAUUUGUCCGGUCCAAUCGCUGUGGAGGGCGCCGAGCCUGGAGACUGUCUGGUAGUUGACAUUCUUGAUGUCAGACCGUUUGACAAGAUGCCCUGGGGCUACACCGGUAUUUUCGAACUCGAGAACGGUGGUGGAUUGUUUGCUCGCGAAUUCCAGAGCAGAGCUGCAAAGGCUAUCUGGGAUUUUAAAGGCGUCUAUGCCACUUCAAGGCACAUUCCUGGCGUGCGCUUCGCUGGCGUGUCGCAUCCUGGUUUGAUUGGCACAGCACCGUCCGCCGAGCUAUUGGCAACCUGGAACAAGCGUGAAGGUGCCCUUAUUGAAGCUCAUGCCAACGCAGUUCCACCCGUCGCCUAUGGCCCAUUGGUACCAGGUGCCUAUGUCGGCCAAGACCUUCCUAAUGAUCUACGUGCGAAAAUCUACCGCGAAGGCGCGCGGACAAUUCCUGGUAGAGAACAUGGGGGCAACUGUGACAUUAAAAACUUGUCAAGGGGCUCGCGUUGCUAUUUCCCUGUUUUCGUGAAGGGUGCAAACUUGUCUGUUGGCGAUCUCCACUUCUCUCAAGGAGAUGGCGAGCUGUCCUUUUGUGGUGCCAUAGAGAUGGCUGGAAUAGUUACCUUCAGCACUAGCAUCAUCAAGGGCGGUGUUGAGAAGUUUGCUAUGAGGCAACCCAUCUUCCUGCCCUCUCCUGUCGAUCCGUUAUACUCUGCAAAAUUGAUCUUCCAGGGGAUCAGCGUAGACUACCACGGCGAUGGUACCCAGUACAACAUGGAUGCGUCAGUCACGGUGGCCUAUAAGCAGGCUGCUCUGAACGCCAUCGCUUAUCUUAUGAAGAUCGGUUACACCCGUGAGCAAGCAUACCUUUUGCUGUCUGCUGCGCCGGUGGAAAGCCAUAUUGGCGCAAUUGUGGACUCUCCAAAUGCCUGCGUGACUCUCGGUCUCCCCUUGGGGAUCUUCGAACAUGACAUUUUACCCAAGGAUGAAGGUUUGAAAAAACUGGAAUUCGGACAAUGUGCUGUGCGCAGCGAUGGCGUACUGUAA